UUGGAUAAAGGCAUACAACUCCUGUAUGUAUAGGCAGAGCAAGGUGAGGAGACAAUGUCACUCUACCUUCAUCCCUGUAAGGCUUUACUGUCUCACAAUAUCUUCUGCUUUGAAUCUACCCAAAACAAAGCUAUUUCAAGCUCUUAUUUAUGCUCAAUUGCUAAAACUAACACUUCAAGAACUCAUAGUUCAGUUCAUGGGCAUUGUAGAAAUUUGAUUGUUAGUGAGAAUUUGCCUGUUUUGAGAAGUACCCAUGUUUCUUUUAGCUCAAAAGAUGAAAUCUUUACUGAGUUACCAACCACCCAUUUUGGUGAAGAGGGUGGAAAUGAGAAUGUUGAGGAGGUUGAAGAGCUUGAAUUGUUGGAUAAGCCAUUUGUGAAGAAUGUUAGUAAUGGGUCUGUUGUUGAAGUUGAGCAACCCGAGUUGCGUAAUUUGGAUGAAGAAGAGGUGUUGGAGCCUUUCCUGAAGUUUUUUAAGCCUAGGGAAUUGGGGGAGGAAGUUUAUGAUUCAGAAGAGAGUGAUUUUGAAGAGGAGGAAGUGGAGAAGGUUUCGGUUGAGUAUUACGAGCCUAAGGCUGGUGAUUUUGUUGUCGGUGUGGUGGUUUCGGGUAAUGAGAAUAAACUUGAUGUUAAUAUCGGGGCUGAUUUAUUGGGUACAAUGCUUAAGAAGGAAGUGCUUCCCUUGUAUCACAAGGAGAUGGAGUACUUGUUAUGUGAUACUAAUAAGGAUGCUGAGGAGUUUAUGGUUCGAGGGAAAAUGGGGAUUGCAAAAAAUGAUGAGGCAAUGGGUGGUGAGUCGGCUCCUGGAAGGCCUGUUGUGGAGCCUGGAACUAUUUUGUUUGCCGAGGUUCUCGGAAGAACACUUAGUGGUAGGCCGUUGCUCUCUACCAGAAGGCUGUUUAGUCGCCUCGCUUGGCAUCGCGUGAGGCAGAUUAAGCAGCUGAAUGAGCCUAUAGAGGUUAAAAUUACCGAGUGGAACACUGGUGGUCUGCUUACAAGAAUUGAGGGUUUACGCGCUUUUCUCCCUAAAACAGAGUUGAUAAAUAGGACAAACAAAUAUACUCAGCUAAAAGAUAAUGUGGGACAGAAGAUACAUGUGCUGGUUACUAGGAUAAAUGAAGCUACCAAUGACUUAAUUAUUAGCGAGAAGGAAGCAUGGACAAUGUUGCAUCUUCAAGAGGGAACACUUCUAGAGGGAACAGUAAAUAAGAUUUUCCCAUAUGGUGCUCAAGUAAGGAUAGGCGAGACUAACAGAAGCGGAUUACUGCAUAUAUCAAGCAUCAGUCGAGCUCGAGUUGCUUCAGUGAGUGACUUGUUAGCAGUUGGCGAGAAGGUCAGAGUUUUGGUUGUAAAGUCGACAUUCCCUGACAAAAUUUCUCUCAGUAUUGCUCAACUUGAAAGUGAACCUGGCUUAUUUAUGUCGGAUAAAGAGAGAGUAUUUUCGGAGGCUGAAGAAAUGGCAAAGAAGUACAGGCAGAAGAUGCCCACUACUGCUUCAGUAGCAAGGAAGCCAGAUCAGUUUCCAGCUGACACCUUAUCAUAUGAAGAUGAGGAAAAAUUAUACUCAAAUUGGAAAUGGUUCAAAUUCGAAAUGGAUAACGAACCAGAAUGACCUAGCAAUCCCAAAUUAAAUCAGAGGACAUUAUUGUCAAAGAAGAAAAAAAUGAAGCCAACUCCAAUAGACCUCUAUCCUGCGCAGAAAUGAUCAUGGACAGGUAUUAUCAGUCUGUUGGGCGAGCAUCAUGCCAUCAUCCAUCAAUUUAAAUUUUGCAAAGUCAUUAAUGGUCAAUGGUAGUUAUGUAGAGACGAUUCUCCAAUUUUUGGUGGCUACUGGCUAGAUAGAUGUAAAUGUGCAGUAGCAUGUAUUUAGACAAUACUUUAUGGAUUGAUGAUGUAUAUGUCGCUGUCAGUCAUUGAUAUGAAUCAAAUAUGUUAUGCUCUAGUUA